AUGGACUCAGAAGACGGAGAACUGUUCAUAAAGCAACUUGCCGGCUUCGUUCGAACGCACGAAAAGGCCUUGGCCAAUGCUCUUCAACUACGCCGCCAGGUCCGACAUAAGCCGUCUCAAAGUACUGGUUCAGCGACGUUGUUAUCUCAAACAUCUACCUCUCUCCCCGAACGACCCUCUACUUCAGCCUCAACAUCCGGUUCGCUCGCAGCCGCCUUGUCGCUCGGAUCCCUCAGCUUCACAUCACACAAUGUCAAAUCCGCCAAGCUGGCACUUACACCCCACCACCUCUUCUAUCUCCUCUCUCGUUUCGAAGAGCUCAGUAUCAAUGUUGGUCCUAUGAAGGUUCGCCUCGAGAACCUGCAUGACAGCUCGUCAUCAGCCAACUACGUCUCGUUUCUCAGCAACACCCAACGGUCAAGGAGCAAGGGCUCAGAUAUCGAUUCGAUACACUCUGUCUCGAGUAUGCGAAGCGUCAUGUCGGGAAUGUCUGCACUGUGGUCGAGCUUCGGUAUCGGUGCCAGCAUCUCUGCCGCUCGAACUGAGCGCCAAAAAGCUGCUCUGGAGGCUGACAUGAAGUACCUCUAUUCUGCCUUCACCAAAAUCCCCUGCUUGAGAUUGGCACCUGAUUGGCGUGCUCGUUUGAUCCGCGGAUAUGAGGAAUUUCCUUUUGAUUCGGCUGUUCCCCUCUAUGUUUUCAAGAACUUGCAGGCUCUCGAAGUUAGCAGCAUCGAUUUCCGGCAAUUCUUUGGCUGGGACCGGCUUGCCGACCAGCUGCGCUCCCUGACGCUAAAGCGCGCUGGCAUCGAAGACCCCGCCGACAUAUUGAUCGACAUUGUGCUGGAUGAUAUGGACAAGCGUCGUAGACGAGUCUCCAAGUCCCAAUCUUCACCUACGUCUGUUUGGACUGGAAGCGGUAGCCCUCGGCGAAACAUGGUGCAUCCUGAGCUCAACCGUGCAGUUUCCGCACCGAGCUCGCCCGGUCCCCAUGUUGAUAUGAGGGUUGGUUCAUUGACUCCCAGUGAACAUGCCAUCGAGGAGAGCAGCCGAAGGCAGUCGCUGUGCAAAGACGACGAGCAGAGCGACGCAUCACAAACACCACACAAGCAUUCCCGCCCCAGAAGCAACUCGCCUCCACGCCCAACAAGUUCCAGAACACAAUCCCACCCCAUCCGAGGAAACCAUCACCGCAUGAGGCGUUCUGGAUCUGGUAGCUCUCAGUCCAGUCUUUCCGAUUCCUGGGCUGGCCAUCAUCAUUCUCGUGGCAGCUCUGGCAAUUUGCUUGCUAUGGGUGUUCUUCCUGCCUCUAAGUGGCGCUUCCUGAGACAUCUGUGCUUGGCUGACAACUCGAUGACCUCUAUUCCCCAUAACAGCCUCGCACCUCUUUCCAACACACUUUAUUCUCUUGACAUCUCCUCCAAUCUCUUCAGCCAGGUUCCAGACAGCCUCGCUACUUUGACAGCCCUCCGAGCUCUGAAUUUGUCUCAAUGCAUGAUCGACUCACUCCAAUCUCUUACACGCAAUCCUCUUCCAGCUAUCACCGCUUUGAACCUUCGAGGCAACAGACUGCAAAGCCUUGCUGGUGUGGAGAAACUUGUUCCCCUCGAACGGCUCGAUUUGAGAGAUAAUCGUUUGGUAGACCCAAUGGAGCUUGCGAGAUUGACUGGCAUUCCCGAUAUACAUGAGAUCUGGGUUGAGGGAAACCCUUUCACUCGCACGCACAAGGACUACCGAAUCACCAUCUUCAACCUGUUCCGCAAAGCCCCUGGUUACACAGAGGAUGUUGUCAUUGAUGGCAGUGGUCCCAGCUAUGUCGAAAGACGCUCCCUAAUAGACCGGCCUCCCAUGCCCGAAUCCAUCCCUGUUGUCAAACCACAGGCUCCCGAGGUUCCCACAGUUGAUGUGAGCAAGUCAACAAUUGCCUACAACCCUCCCAAAGAAACAAUCGUUCUCCGCAAGGAGCGCCCCACCCCUAAGGCCGUUAUGAGUGAGAUCAACACAAGUUCAACACGCCGGCGGAAGACACCGAAAAGACGGAUUGUUGAUUUGGCCACUCCUGACGCUCCUCCUUUCCCCACCCCUGUCGAUGUUCAAGCUGCAAACCCGGCCGUAAAGCAGCCCAGCGCUGAGAUCAUGAACGAUGGAAACUACCGGAUAUCCCAACAACCUGAAGCGCAAGCGUUACCUGCUGCCAUUCUGUCAUCCGGCUCACAAGCCGUCACUUCUCCCGAAGUGCCACGAAUUGACACCAACGUCUUUGCCAACAUCCCUGCCAUCUAUUCUCCGAACGAUGAUACUUCCAAUUGGACGGAGCCCCAGGACUGGGAUGCUGGUGGUGAAAUGUACCGUCAGAAGAUUGAAGCACUGCGAAACACUGUCGGCAACGGUUACCUCUCUGUUCUGAGUGAAGAGAGUUGGGCCCCCAAUCGUUCAGCAGAUUAUUCUCCGCCCAACAUCUCAUCCAGUACAGUCAUACGCACAGCGCACACUCCCAUACAUACCCCUCAAGCUCAACCCAUCCACAGCGGCCGAACCUUGGGCUAA